UCCUGAGCCUGUGUCAUAAAGUCACAUGACCCCGAUGUCAGACUUGUUUGCUGAAGCGGUGGUCAUAAAGUGUGAAUAGAGGAGCUGAACCAGCCUUAAAGCGAGCGUAUUCCAAUAUAAGAAGUUUAGUAGGUUUGUUUCUGGGAAUUGCGCCUUAUCAUCAUAACGAAUCCGUGCGCUAGACUUGUAUUUCUCAUUUUUUUUCUUGUUGUUAAGCUAACGUUAGCAGGACUAGCCGCUAAGCUAACGUUAGCUAACUCUUGUCGUGUUGCUGUGAAUUCUCCCCGACGAGCAGCCGGAGACGAACCCAAGGAACAUGACGCAGAUUGGCGGUGUGCAGCCAUGGUUCCUGGGACUGACGUUGCAGUUGAUUUUAGCUGCCUUGCUGCACCAGGGUUUGGCUACAGUGGCCCCGCCCACAACAGCCCAAACCACUGCUGCGCCGCACAAAGACCCCGGCAGGCCUGAGAAAGGAAACUACGUGGUCACCAGUAGCAACGGUACUUCCUGUUUACUGGCAUCCAUGGGUCUCCAGCUCAACAUCACCUUCAACUCUGUCUCACAAAAUAAGACUGUGCAGGAGGUUCUGAACCUUCGGCCCAAUGUGACAAAGUCCUCCGGGUCGUGUAACUCCGACAGAGCCUCCCUGCUGCUCUCAACGGAUGCAGAGAAGACCAACCUCACCUUCAUCUUCACUCUGAAUGCCACGUCCAAUAAGUACCAUCUGAGUGAAGUGUCUCUGUCGGCAGACUUGUCAGACAUGAAAGAGCGCUUCUCAGCCACUAACCGCAGUCUGGACCUCCUACGGGGCACCUUCGGCUUCUCGUACAUGUGCCACGAGGAGCAAACUCUGACUGUGGCCCAGGAUUUCUCCAUCAACACUUUCCAGCUGCAGGUGCAGCCGUUCGGCCUCAGCGGCGAUCAGUUCGGAGCAGCGGAGGAAUGCCAGUUGGACGAGGACGACAUGUUGAUCCCCAUCGUAGUCGGAGCAGCAUUAGCCGGCCUGGUCCUCAUUGUGCUGUUGGCGUACCUCAUCGGGAGGAAGCGGAGCCACGCCGGCUACCAGACCAUCUGAGGUCAGCGCUCAGGUCACCAGAGACCAGAGCGUGCAGGUCCCGACUCUUAAGAUUAACCACUGUUUAAUGAGACUUGCCCCCUCCUCUCCCCCUCUCCUUGCAUCUGUGUGUGCUGUUAUUUGCCCUCAUGAGUAACACUAGUCAUUGUCACUUUGUGGAGGUUGAUAGGCUUUUUUUUUUUUCUCAACUGAUGUGCUCAUUUUUGAAAGAAGGGGCUUUGUUUGGAGAUUGCGAUGAACUGGGGGGGGGGGGGGGGGGUGACCUACCGGUACUAUGUGAAGCUGAGCGUGGAUGGUGAUCAGAGGGUCAAUAGGAGCUCUCGAAUUGUAUUCUAUUUAUGAUUUCUGUCAAAGGAACUUUGAGGGAUUGUGUGACUGAUGGAAAAGCUACCGUAGCUUUUCUUGCUCAUCUGCUUCGAAGACUUUUUUGUGGUCUUUCCCUAAAUGAGGUUUGUUACUUUAAAGGGAAUAUUUUUGGCUGUAAUUUAAUCCACUUUAUAUGGUAUAGAUCUCAGGAUUCUUUUCAGCCCUAACUUGCAGAUUUUAUGUUAACCUACUAAAAUCACAAUGAACUAAUCUUAAAGGACAUGCAAGGAGUCCUAUUUGGGCUUAAAAUGCAUUUAGGAAUUUGUUUUGUUCACUGGAAUGGGUGUGAAUAUGUCCCUUAUUUCCCUUCUCUUCAGGGUACCUGACUGAUUUUAUAGGGGUACUUUUGUAAGAUAACUGUUUUUGGCCAUAUUAUAGGCACAGAUUUAGAUUUCCCCAAAUGUGACACUAUUUGAGGAAUCAUGGUAGCCACAUGGAGUCUGUUACAAUGUUUGCACAAAACAGGAGUUGCCCUCAAACAAACUAAAAUACACUUGAGAACGCUCAUGACAUCCUGUAGGUGUAAUAAUGCGCUGGACGUUUUUAAAUCCACUGGUUGUCUAGUUUUUGUUUCAUUACCCCCUAAAUAUGGCUAUGCCUUGGAGUUUUCUGUUUGUUUUUUAGUUGAAGUUGCACUAAAGUUAUCUCGAAUAUUGUCUUCUAAGAACUAAAGUGUCUAAGGACAUGUGUUGUGUGUUAUUCAGUGCCUUCCCAGCUGUAACAUAGAUGGGAUUAAAGUAAAGCCAAUACCAUGGAGGUACCACUGACUGCGUGCUGCCAUGCCUGGGACACUGGCUCCCGUAGCCUUCAUGUACUGUUACUACCACACAGUGUUUGAUGUGACAAAGUGAAGAUGUUUGAGGGGGGUUUUUUUGGUUAUGUUUUUAUCCACCGUGAUCUAAAUGUCCAUGUAGUGAUUUAAUUGGGUUUUAAUUGAUUUGUUUGAGCUGUUUUCUAAAGGAGCGGUCAAUAAACGUGAAUGAACACUA